AUGAUCGACGUCUCUACUCUACAAGGUAUGUACUUGCUGAUAAUCACACUUGAAACGUGUUCGGCGCACAAAAGCCAAGUGAUAAUGUUUUAUGAAUUCAUUCACACUUUAGAGAAGUGAAACAAUUUCCUCCCUCGCCUCAAAUUCCUGUGAUCACGUGUGCUUCCUCUGAUAAUAGUCUAGUUCCAAUAUUUAAUGAGAAUCUUUCCCUCUGAACCUUUUCUAUUGACUCGUCCAAAUACGUUUUUUGAGCGGGGCUCUAAUCGGCAACAUGUUAUCAAACAUUUCCGUCUUUUCGUUUCCCUUUCACUUGUACAUACGUUACCGUACUUUGCUGUGCUCUGAGCUCUUUCCAACUACAAACGUCAGUGACAUUUCCGCAUCUUCUACCCUCACUACAUUCCAUCUUCUUCUCCUUCUUCUUCUUCUUCUUCGCCAAUCCCUUCAUUUCUUCUUCUUCUUCUUCUGUCCGGUUUGGGAGGUGAUAUCUCUCUGACACCGCCAGAAACGUCGGCUUAUCAAAUGUCAAACGGGCGGUCCCCGUUUCAUUUCCUCAAAUUCUUCUAAACUUCAAGAAGAUCUCAACAAGUUUGCCAAUUUCUUUACGUCUUGAGGGCUGACGACGAAGGCGGCAAAGAUAAACAAACAAUGUAUUUUGAUUGCGCUUUUGAUGAAUCUUCGGGGCGUGCACUCUCGCUCCUUCUCCUGCACGGCCAUCCGUCCAUCCAUCCAUCACCGGAAGACAUCCGUCUCGUGAGCCCCUUUUCUGCCACGUCAUAUCUCAUGCAACACUCUUCUUCUCCAAGAAAACUGAGAAGAAGAAGAAGAAGAAGAAGUCACCUCACUCUUACACUUUGGUCUCCUGCCAUUCCCGUGACUACAGUAGUCUUAUCCUAAAUCCUCCCUCACCAACGAUGUAGAUCCUUUCAGUGAGAUUAACUCUUUCUUGUCCGCCUCUUUUUACUCUUCUUUUUCUUCUUCUUCUUCCUCUCGCUUUAUUACCUAAAUUUCGGGGCGGCAUCUUUCUUCCUUUCGUUUUCCCAUUUCACACAAACACAGCUGAUCGGCCAUGACCACAGAAGCUUUUCCGCGCAUGUGCUCAUCAUCCGUUCCACAAACUUUCCAAAUAUUGUGUGACCUUGCGAUGCGCAGACCUCUUUCUCUCUCUCCGUCUCCCUCCGGCCGGCGGCUCCGCAUUUUCGAAUUCUCGAAUCGGGGCGCCAACACCAACAAAUUAGUUUUGUUUAAUUCUCGGUCUGCUCCGAAUGAAACCGAGCCGCCGUGCCGUCCGCUCUAAGCGGAUUACUGUAUUUUACAAUGACGGAGGGGGCCGCCGAAAUAACAUUUCCGCCCUUUUUUGUUUUUAUUUUCGCGUACCGACAGUCUCGCGACCACAAAAAUAACUCGGCAGUGAGAGUGGGAACCGACCCGGAAGAGUGUCAUUUGUGCUCCGAUGACACCACGAAUAACUGUAGAAGAGUAAGCCUCUUACCGAAAGACCCGAAGACAGGAGACUGUUUGAAUAAGAAACCAUUUGGAAAUGUUGUCGUCAUGAUCAUUUUUUCGUCGGCCGUCCGAGUCAGAACACUUCAUCUCUGGACUCCUCGCUUUGUAGAAACGGACACCUUGUGAUGGCUUCGUAGAACAACAAAAAAUCGCCUUCUGCUCUUCUUCUUUUCCCUCUUUUUCUUCUUCUUCCUCCCCCCAUUCGUUUCUGUUUCAAAAGCGUUCUCAACGUCUCCAGAGACCACUCUUUUCCGUCAAACACUCGACCGAAUCUGUUUUGCAGAAAUUCGAGAGAUGAGCAGUGCGAGCAGCACCACCUCAAGUGCCUCCUCUUCGGUAAUUCACGAGGAAUUCGAUGAGAAGCCCACUUCGAACUUCUCGUGGCCGCCCGGCCAAGCCUUCCCCUUCGAGCCGCUGCCGCCCUACCCGGCAGGACCCAAUCUCUCAAAGAUCCACUACCCGCGCGAGGUGACCUGUCCUCGAUACGUCUGUCCGCAUUGCGACGAGCAGUUCCUGUUCCACUCGACGAACGGAUUGCUCACCUGUCCGUUCUGCUACAGUUCCAUCGCCAUUGGCACUUAUGUCAGUUUUCAGUUCGUUCGAAUCCAAUCAAUCCGUUUCCACUUUCCAGAACCGCAAGCAGAUGUACCUCAACUUCAUCGUCGGCACCAUCGUGCUCAUCAUCUCGAUGGUGAUGACCGUGCUCGUCUUCACCGUCGCCAAGGACCAAGUGUACCUGUCGAUUCCAGGUUCGCGCACCGACCGUCCGAUCUCCCCUACAAUUUUCGCGCUUUUAGCCAUCAUGCUCUUCUUCGGAGCCAUCAUUUUCUUCACGAAAGCGUUGCAGUCGAAGGACAGCUAUGAGGAAGCGAAGAUUCUCAUCGAAGACAUGGACGUCUGA